AUGGGCUCGGAUGUCGAUCCUUUUAAGGUCGCAGCGGGCUUAGCUGUUGCCGUCGGAGUCGCCGCGAUCGGCGGCGUCGCUGCAGCGGUGACGGUCGGAGGCAUCAUCGUUCUCCGGGAGCAGGGUCAGUUCAUGUUGCCAUGGGAGGACAAGCCCAAGUCUAUCAGGCCAGCGCCGCUGACGGUGCAGCAGUGGAGGGACUGCUUUGACGACGCCACCGGUCGCUUGAAGGGCGGCGGCGAGACGGCUAUCGGCCGUGUCCGGCUUGGGGGAUGCGACGCAGAGAUCAGAGCCGAGGUCUGGCCGUUCCUCCUUGGCCUGUACGAGGCGGAGAGCACGGAGGCGGAGAGGGCGCAGCUGCGCGCGCAGAGGCGCGUGCUGUACGAGGAGAUCCGCGCGAUUGCGGCGCGCGUGGCGGUGAUUGCGCGGCAGGCGGAAGAGGAGGCGACGAGGAGGAUGAAGGAGGAGGAGGAGAGGGAGGAAAGGGAGGAGCGAGAGAGGGAAGAGAGAGAGAGGAAGGAAAGAGAGGAGAGGGAGAGGGAGGAAAGGGAGAGGGAGGAGAGAGAGGAAAAGGAGGGGGAGGAGUCGGAGAGAGGAAGGAGCAACGAAGGCGGCAGCAGUCAGGAGGCGGUCAGGUCCAGCAUCAGAGGGGAUAAUGGCGGCGAUGGUGAUGGAAGUGGGAGUGGGAAUGAGGACGGUAAUGGUAGCAAUGGUGGCGAAAACAGCGGUGUUGGUAACGCGAGCGAUGACGAGUUCAGUGAUGCGGUGUGCGUGGAUUCCGCGUGCGCCAGUCUGUCCGUCUCCACUGAGUCUUUCGCUUUCCCGCCGGAAGAAGCAAUGGAGGCGGCAGCAGCCGCCGGCCUGCCGGAACACGGACACUUAUCGCCGCCCCAAAGGCUGCAUGCCGCCCGGCUGGUGGCGAUUUUGGAGGCAUAUGCGGUGUAUGAUCCUGAGGUGCUGUGCUGCGAGGGGCUGGACGAGGUGCUUCUGCUCUGCAACAGCCUGUCGGGGCAGCUAGACGUGUGGGAGCUCAUGCACUGCGCUCGCCAACUGGCAGCUCGCCUGCCGUAA